UAACAGGAGAUGCAUGAAAUUUGGAGAUUCCUGAAAAUCUGACUUGUAGUUUGGUUAAGACUCAGGGGUACUAACUCUAAUUAGCCAAAAAAAUUUCUCCCGUUCCAGCCUUAUCAGGUGUUAAACCCAUCACUUUUACGAGCUCCAAUCCCACCAAAAAAGCCCCAAAAAAAAACGAAUGAGUAAAGUUCUCUGUGUAAACUCUUGUAGAAGUCGUUCAUUUUGCUAAUCAAACAUUUGAAUUUUGCAGAGAAAGAGAAACAUAUACACAAAUUCUUGAAAAGCCACCAUGUUUAGAACUCCUGGGGGUGGGAAUGUUUCGAAUCAGACCCCAACAACCUCGGACAGUGGUAUGAUGAUGGACCAGAACACAGCCCAUCACCAGCAGCUACAACAGCAGCAGCAGAUGCAGAAUGGUCAAAGAAACAAUCCCAGUUCUUCUUCUACGUCUGCUACUUCAAGGGCUCUUCAAUUUCACCCUGCCAGACCAGCCAUCCUCGACCUUUUCAAUCUUUACUUAGGAAGAACUGCACAGCAAAAAUCGGAUGAAUCAGCCCGGGAACCACCGAACAAGACACAGAAGCGCAUUAGUGCUCUCAAUAGAGAUCUGCCACCUCGAAAUGAACAGUUCCUGUUAGAUUUUGAGCAGCUACUGAGUCAAUUUCAAGACCAGGAUCAACUGCGUGCUUUGACAGAAUCUACUCUUAUAUCUCUGGUUAUUCAGUGUAGAAGUCACGCACCCCGAGCAGAAUUUCUUCUUUUUGCAUUGCACAGUCUCUCUAGCAUAAGUUACAUAAACUGGGAUACUUUUUUGCCAUCUCUUCUCUCUUCAGUUUCUUCUGUGGAGGUUUCAAUCAGUCAAGGAAGCCAAUCAGGGGCUACUGUCUCUUCUGCGACUUUAACACAGUCUGGGGUGUUGCCACCUUCCAGCACGGUUACUAAUCCCACCAAUUUUCAGUCAUCAAGUCCUGCAUCUCCUCUGCCUUCUGUUCACUGUAUUGGAUCCCCAGCUCAAUCAGUUGCAGAACAAUCACCAAUGAAGUCCCCUGAUGUUGGUGGCGGUCAACAAUCAAAUUCAAGAAUCAACUUAAUUACAAGGGACAAUUCUAUGAGCAACUUGCGCCACUUGUGUUGCAAGAUAAUCUUAAUCAGCCUAAAAUUUAACCUAAAGCCAUCUACCCAUGCUGAUGUUUUCUCUCAUCUGUUAAAUUGGAUUAUCAACUGGGACCAAAAACAGCAGGGUAUUGAUGAAUUUGACAGUGCAAGAUACUGGAAACCUGACAAGGCACUGAUUGAAUGGCUCCAUAGUUGUUUAGAUGUGAUAUGGCUGUUAGUCGAAGAUGAUAAAUGCCGUAUACCUUUUUAUGAACUUGUGCGAAGUAACUUGCAGGUCAUAGAAAAUAUUCCAGAUGAUGAGGCACUGUUCACACUUAUUUUGGAGAUCCACAAAAGGCGAGAUAUGAUGGCCAUGCACAUGCAAAUGUUGGAUCAACAUCUUCAUUGUCCUACAUUUGGAACUCCUAGGCUUUUUCCUCAGGCGAUGAAUAACAUGUCAGGUGAAGCAGCAACUCACAUGAGAUAUCCACCAAUUACAUACCCAAGUGUGCUUGGAGAACCACUGCAUGGAGAGGAUAUUGCAGUAUCCAUUCAGAGAGGAACUUUGGACUGGGAGCGUGCUCUUCGUUGCAUAAGACAUGCUCUUCGUAAUACACCAUCACUUGACUGGUGGAAGCGUGUGCUUCUUCUAGCUCCCUGUUACAGGCUUCCAGCUCAAGCACCAACUCCUGGUGCUGUCUUUACUGCUGAAAUGAUUAGUGAGGCUACAAUUGAUCGGAUUGCUGAAUUAUUGAAGCUGACAAAUUCAGAGAUAAAUUGCUGGCAAGAGUGGCUUAGCUUUUCAGACGUAUUCUUUUUUCUCGCGAAAAACGGAUGUCUUGAUUUUGUUGACUUUGUGGACAAAUUGGUUUCUCGGCUUCAGGGUGGUGAUCAGCAUAUCCUCAGGACAAACCACGUUACAUGGUUGCUUACUCAAAUUAUUCGGGUUGAGCUAGUAAUGAAUGCUUUAAAUUCAGACUCAAGAAAGGUUGAGAUUACGAGGAAAAUUCUCUCAUUUCAUAAAGAGGCAAGUUCUGACCCAAAUAAUCCCCAAAGCAUCCUGCUUGACUUCGUAAGUAGUUGUCAGAACUUGAGGAUUUGGUCGUUGAAUACAUCAACCAGAGAAUACUUAAACAAUGAGCAGCUUCAGAAGGGAAAGCAAAUCGAUGAAUGGUGGAGACAAACAACUAAAGGUGAGCGGACUCUGGAUUAUAUGAAUAUGGAUGACAGAUCGAUUGGUAUGUUUUGGGUCGUGUCUUACACCAUGGCACAGCCAGCUUGUGAAUCAGUGAUGAAUUAUUUAGCAUCAGCUGGAGUUACGGAGCUGUUACCAGGGUCAAAUCUGCAGGCUAAUGAGCGAAUUGCAGUGAUGCGGGAAGUUAGUCCACUGCCAAUAUCACUAUUAUCGGGGUUCUCCAUAAACCUAUGCCUAAAAUUGACAUUUCAGAUGGAAGAAUCUAUGUUUAAUGGACAGGUCAUCCCAAACAUUGCAAUGGUGGAAACAUACUGUAGAUUGCUGCUGAUUGUCCCUCAUUCAUUGUUCCGUCCACACUUACCUCAUUUGAGUCAAAGGAACACUGCUACUUUGACAAAGCCUGGUGCUUCCAUUCUGUUGUUUGAGAUUUUGAACUACCGCCUUCUUUCACUUUACAGGUACCAAGGGAAGAGCAAAAAUUUGAUGUAUGACAUCACAAAAAUGAUUUCUUCGCUAAAAGGGAAACGUGGAGAUCAUCGCAUUUUCAGAUUGGGGGAAAAUUUGUGCAUGAAUCUGCUCUUAUCAUUGAAGGAGUUUUUUUUUGUGAAGAGGGAAGGGAAGGGUCCAACCGACUUUACCGAAACUUUAAACCGAAUAGCAAUAACUAGUUUGGCGAUCAUUAUUAAAACACGUGGCAUUACAGACUUCGAUCAUUUGCUAUAUCUUCCAACAAUGUUGGAGCAAAUAUUGGCAACUAGUCAGCAUGCUUGGUCUGAGAAGACUUUGCGUUAUUUUCCAUCUGUCCUACGUGAUGCCUUGGCCGGGAGGAUGGAUAAAAGAGGCCUUGCAAUCCAAGCAUGGCAGCAGGCCGAAACUACAGUGAUUAACCAAUGCACUCAGCUUCUUUCACCGUCAGCUGAUCCUUCCUAUGUCGUUACUUACAUAAGCCAUAGCUUCCCUCAACAUCGUCAAUACCUGUGUGCUGGUGCUUGGGUGCUGAUGCAUGGACAUCCUGAGAGCAUUAACAGUGCUAAUCUUGGACGUGUCUUAAGAGAAUUUUCUCCAGAAGAAGUAACUGCAAAUAUAUACACAAUGGUGGAUGUGCUACUGCAUCACAUUCACUUGGAACUACAGCGUGGACAUUCCCCACAGGAUCUUAUGCUAAAAGCUUGUGCAAACCUUUCUUUUUUUAUUUGGACCCAUGAGCUACUGCCUCUGGACAUUUUGUUGUUGGCGCUUAUAGACCGUGAUGAUGAUCCACAUUCUCUGCGGAUUGUGAUGAGUCUACUGGAAAGUAAAGAGCUCCAGCAGAGGGUAAAAUUGUACAGUAUGAAUCGUGGCCAGCCUGAGCAUUGGCUUCUUAGCGGGACUUUCAAGCGUGUUGAAUUGCAAAAAGCUCUAGGGAAUCAUCUCUCUUGGAAGGAAAGAUUUCCCACAUUUUUUGAUGAUAUUGCUGCACGUUUGCUACCAGUGAUUCCGCUAAUCAUAUAUAGACUGAUUGAAAACGAUGCUAUAGAUGCAGCUGACAGAGUUCUGCAGCUGUAUAAUCUAUUCUUGCAUUAUUAUCCUUUAAAUUUCACAUUUGUUCGUGAUAUACUUGCAUAUUUCUAUGGUCAUCUUCCUGGGAAGCUUAUCCUGCGGAUAUUGAGUGUGUUAGAUGUCAAGAAGAUUCCAUUUUCUGAAUCCUUUCCCCAGCAUAUUAAUUCAGCAAAUGCUUCUAUUUGUCCACCACUGGAUUACUUUGCCACUCUGUUAUUGGGUCUGGCGAAUCAUGUAAUUCCUCCUCUGAGUAACUCUUCAAAGCUUGGACCUGCUGGAGAUGUCUCCAUUAGUUCUGCCAGGAUGCAACAUAAUAAAACUCAAGCAGCUGCACAGCCUGGGCAAACAAAUGCAUCUGAAGGCCAGAAAGCAUUCUAUCAAAUCCAAGAUCCUGGGACAUAUACGCAGCUGAUACUUGAAACAGCAGUGAUAGAAAUAUUAUCUCUUCCCAUAUCAGCAUCCCAGGUUGUGUCAUCACUUGUUCAAAUUGUUGUUCACAUACAGCCAACGCUGGUCCAAUCCAGCAAUGGAGUACAUGGAGCUCCUGGUGUUGGUGGACAAAGUUCUGUUCUGCCAACUUCUCCAUCUGGUGGAAGCAAUGACUCGUUUGGUCCAACCAGAACUAGUUCCUCGCCCUCUGGAAUGAACACAUCUAACUUCAUUUGGCGAAGUGGUUAUACAUGCCAGCAAUUGUCAUGUUUACUGAUCCAAGCUUGUGGUCUUCUACUGGCUCAACUUCCUCCGGAGUUUCACGUACAAUUGUAUAUGGAAGCUGCACGUGUUGUAAAAGAAUGUUGGUGGCUUACUGAUGGAAAAAGGUCAGCUAGUGAGCUUGAAUCCGCUGUUAGCUAUGCUUUGUUAGAUCCAACAUGGGCUGCCCAAGACAACACUUCUACAGCUAUUGGGAAUGUUGUGGCGUUGUUACAUUCUUUCUUUAGUAACCUUCCGCAAGAAUGGCUAGAAGGCACGCACCUAAUCAUCAAGCAUCUUAGACCCGUGACAUCGAUUGCAGUUUUGAGGAUAGCAUUUCGUAUUAUGGGUCCACUGCUUCCAAGAUUGGCCAAUGCGCAUCCCCUCUUCAGUAAGACAUUGUCACUGCUGUUAACGAUAAUGGUGGAUGUUUUUGGCAAGAAUUCUCAACCAUUAGCUCCUGUUGAAGCAUCAGAAAUAGUAGAUCUCAUUGACUUCCUCCAUCAUGUUAUUCACUAUGAGGGGCAGGCAGGGCCAGUACAAGCAAGUAGCAAGCCCAGGACAGAAGUUUUGGCUCUUCUUGGAAGAGCAGCAGAUAGUUUACGUCCUGACAUGCAGCACCUUCUUUCACAUUUAAAAACAGACGUAAAUUGUUCCAUUUAUGCAGCAACUCACCCAAAGCUUGCACAAAAUACCUCUUGACAAGUGGAAUUGUUUGCAUUCCUGGUCACCAAGUCAUCUGAGAUACAAAAAGAGCGAUGGAGUUGCUGAAACCUCUGUUUCAGCUGUGUGUGUUAGAAUUUGGAAUCUGUUCAUACUUGGUGCUUUAUGUAUGUUAGCACAAAAGCGCAUCUUGUAAAGCUACAAAAUUGAUGGAUCUGAUAUCAUGGAAAAAUUACUUUUGAGCUGAUCAUGAUAUUUCCCAAUAUACCAAAUAACCUGUAAACUUUGAGUUUCACAAGUUGUAGUCGCUUGCAAGGUCUUGUGUCAUUACUGAGGAGAGUAUUUCCUUUGCCAUUGUCCCAGUGAAGAUUAAGAUGAAAGGAACUCCAAUGGAGAUCCAUGUUCUCCUUCGCACCUAUAAUUUAGGAUUGUACAUAUAAAGGGGUUGAGGAGAAGAGCAGGGUUGGCAUUAAAAGGACAGUAUUUGGGUGUAACAUUUGCUUUCUUGGGAGAAAGAGAUGAAGAUCAAAGGAUACCUAUUUCAUAUCAGCGGCACUCCUUUCCUGUGGUAAUUUAUCCUUGGCUGACCCUCUUUGUACACAAUUGUAACUUGUUCCAGUGCAUAUGAUUAUCUUUUGGAAACCUUUUCGGUCUGGUCUAGAAGGCUGUGUUCCUCGCAUCUGUAAUCUUGGCCAGGUUGAACUUUUGAUUGCUGUUGCGAAUAUUUCUUGCUAAAUAUGCACUUGCAUUCAACACAAAUCAGGUACUUUUGCAAGAACUCAGUCGUGUUUGAACAUUUCUUGCUAAAUAUGCACUUGCAUUCUUCAAAAUCAGGUGCUUUUGCAAGAAUCGAGGCAUGUUUCCGAGGAAUUAAUGAAAAUGUCAAGAAGGAAGGCAGAAACAUGCAAAAAGAGUCUUUGAUAAAGUGACAUGAAUCAUGAAUCAAAAAGAGACUUUGGUAAAGGUCCCAGAAAAAUAAGCCUUGGCUGCAAUGGUUUAACCGUCACGGACAAUAGUAACUUCGAUUUCAGAGCUGUAUUUGCAGCAGUAAUGAACCAAAACUAAGAGGGAUUUGGGUGCUUGACUUGGCAGAGGAGAAUGAUUUCCUCACAUUUGCUUAAUAUACUCAAGUGAAGUUUGUGUUUAAAGGUUUCUUGAGUGAAAUAUUGGAUAGUUGAUGGGAAGUCAAUGUCUGUAAUCUGACUGUCAAUUUUUUACUUUAGAUGUAAAUUCAAUUCUCUUGUUAUUAUUAUUUUCUUAGAGAUGAUCUUA